AUGGCUCCUCAAAUGUCCCAAAAAGAGGCCGACAUCGCGAUGAUGCUCGCCGCCGGGUGCCACCUCGGGACGAAGAACGUGGACUUCCAAAUGGAGCGCUACGUGUGGAAGCGACGGGCCGACGGGAUCCACAUCAUCAACCUCGGACGGACGUGGGAUAAGCUCAUGCUCGCCGCGCGCAUCAUCGUUGCGUGCGAAAACCCGCAGGAUGUGAUCUGCCAAGCGGCGCGCCCGUACGGUCAACGCGCGGUGUUGAAGUUUGCGCAAUACACCGGUGCGAAAGCCAUCGCGGGUCGUCACACGCCGGGGACGUACACGAACCAAAAGGACGCGAUUUUCGCGGAACCGCGCGUGUUGAUCGUCACCGAUCCGCGCACGGAUGCGCAGCCUAUUUCUGAGACCGCGUACGUCAACUUGCCGACGAUUGCGUUCUGCGACACGGAUUCUCCGUUGAAGAACGUCGACGUCGCCAUUCCGGCGAACAACAAGGCGAAGCACUCGAUCGGUUGCUUGUACUACUUGCUCGCGCGCAUGGUUUUGCAAAUGCGAGGCACGGUCUCCGCGGCGAACCCGUGGGACGUGAUGGUGGAUUUGUUCUUCUACCGCGAUCCGGAGGAGCUCGAGGCCAAGGAAGAGGAAGCCGCCGCCGCGGCGGCGGCUCCGGCGGAAUCCGCGGGUUACAACGCCGUUGCGGACGCCGCGUACGGCGCCGAGUCUUGGGACGAGCAAAAGCCGGCCGAGGCGUUCCCGACGGGUGGUUUCGCUCCGGCUGCGGGUAACUGGUCCGAGGCGCCCGCGCCCACGGGCUGGGAUGCUCAGCAAGGUGGUGACUUUGGCUCUGGCUUUGGCGCGAUGCCGCCGCAAGGCUACUAA